AUGUCAACCUCGAGCCAGAACGUCGAUAACAUCGACGCCCUUCUCGACUUCAGCGAGUACGACAACAUGUCCUAUCAGUCACCUUCGCUCUCUCCCGCCGUUACCGCAAAGAACACCUUCUCUCGCCCGUCAGUGAGCACCGUUGCCACCCCGACUCUGCCUUCGGCAUCGCAACCCCUCACCGGCCCGAGCCACCAGUACGACCUCUACAAGCAGCAGACCGGCAUCGUGCCAGGCGCACUUGCCAGCACGCUGGCCGUGAACGAGAUCAACCCCCACAUCAGUGGCUACAACAGCGGCUACGGAAUGGAUUAUCUUGGCGGUGGCUUGAGCCCCGAGAACGACCUUUUUGACUUCAACACCUCUCCCUCGCAGAACUCCGCAGGCCUCGAUAUGGACAUGGAGUUUGACUCCCCGCCCGACUCUCAAUACUUCUUCCCCAACCCUACUGUCAACCCUGCUGCCAUCGCCGGUCAGGAGUCACCAAUCGCUCCGACGCAGCAAAGCAACGUUGGCAGACUGUGGCCUGGCAUGCACUCUCAGGCUGCCCUCGCCAAGGCCCAGGCCCAGCAGAGGCAACAACAACAGAUCAUCCAGCAGCAACGGCAGCAGCAAGUGGGCAACAAGCCCCGCACCAAGAGCCAACAGCCCACCGACCCUAUCGUCGAGCAAAAGAUUACUCAGCUCCUCAACUCUAUGCGUGCCAAAUCCGGCGAGGACGGCGAAAGCCCCUCUCCCCUCAUGAAUCUGCCACGGACCAAGAAGGACGAGGAGGAUAUGGAUGAGGAUGAGAGACUUCUUGCCAGCGAGGAGGGCAAGAAGCUCAGCAGCAAGGAACGGCGCCAGCUCCGCAACAAGGUGUCCGCCCGCGCUUUCCGUUCCCGCAGAAAGGAAUACAUCACCCAGCUUGAGGCCGAGAUCGCCAACAAGGUUACCGAGAACGGUGACCUCCGUGCGCACAACCGCGCCCUUCAGGACGAGAACAAGCGCCUGCAAGAUCUCACGCGCAUGCUUCUUGCCUCUCCAUCCUUCUCCAACUUCCUCGACCACCUGAGCACCAACCCCCAGGCUCCUCCCCAGCCUGCCGCUCCCGUCAAGGUCGAGAGACAACCCGAGCAGCGUCAGAUCCCUAAGGACAUCAACCCCUACGCCAACCAGGGCCAGCAGCAGCAGAUUGGCGUAGCCAUGCUCCCGGAGCAGAACAUGGACUUCGCCAUGCUCAACAUCGACAAUGAUGCCUACAAUUUCCAGCCCCAGGUGUUUGCCGUCCUCGAGACCCCCGACGUCCCCGUUACCAUUGACACCAAUGUUCUCUCUGGCAAGUCUUCCAACUUUGUCGGUGAGCAGUUUGAGUCGGACGACGAGAAGAUCGAGCUCCCCGCCAUCGAGACUCCCAAGGUCCUUGCUCCUGAGGUCAAGGCUCAAGCCCUCGCUGAGGAAGAGGAAGUUUUCGACGAUGAGUUCGAGAACGAUCCUGAAUUCGCUCUCUACCAUUCUUCUCCUGUCCCUGCUUCCGAAAGCCCUGUGGUACUGGACACCGAAGCCUUCUCCCACGUCGACAUCUUUGGUGGCGUCGAGACCGAGAAGGUUCUUGCCCGCUACGAACUGAUCGAUGCCUCAGAAGAGGAGCAAAACGCCUGCGUCGCUAUGGCUAAGGUGCAACGCAUCGCAGCCAGCCUUGAACCCGUUCUUGCAAGACUAGAGUCGCUUGUGCUCUAA